CCUCCUCUUCCUCAGGCCAGACGAACACCGGUGGAUGGAGAGAGGCGCCUAAAGACGGGAGAGCGGUGGAGCAGCUCUCCUCCUCCUCCUCCUCCUUCCUCCUUCCUCCCCACUGCAGCAAAGGAAAGUCCGGCCGGCUCCAGCACCAUGUCCUCAGCUCAAAGCGGGGAUAUAUCGAGCUACCAACUGAGUGUGGUGCGUAACCCUCCAGGCUGGGAGGUGGGAAUCUACCUGGUGGGCUUCCUCGUCCUGCUGGGUGCAGCCGGCUUGAACAUCUGGAAGUUGUGGAAGUCUGGAACCUUCCCUGCGCCAUCUCCGUUCCCUAACUUUGACUAUCGGUACCUGCAAGAGAAGUAUGGAACGUCCUUCUCUGAAGUCCGACAAAAGCGAGUGGCUGCCAACAACCACCGCCGCACCUCCACCACCUCCAGCCGUAAACCCAGCCUGGCACUGGGUGAUACCCCGGACGGCUUCAGAGACCUGGGCCACCUGGAGCUGAUGAGCAGGGAGCUGGACGCCACGGGCCUGGUUCAGCUCAACCGAUCCGUCUCCACGGACUCCCUCAGCUCCAUCUCCUCCAUCGCCCACAACUUUGGGCACGACUUCACGGUGGGCCAGCUGGAGGUAACUCUGGAGUUUGAGCCCUCGCGGCAGCUGGGACACGGGCCGGGCCUGCUGCACAUAACCCUGCACCAGGGCAAGGACCUGCUGGAGAAGGAGGAAGGGGACUUCCUGGGCUGCUUCAUCAGAGUCUCCCUGGGGCCAGAGGAGUUCAGUGUUGGAGUGUCGAGAGUCCAGACCAAUGCCUUCACCGUGAUCUUUGACGAGCGCUUCUCCGUCCCCAUGGACCUGUCCUCCCUGGAGGAGUACAGCCUGCGCUUUGCUGCAUUCGGGAUCGACUCUGACGAGAGAAACAUCAGCGCCGGCGUGGCCGAACUCAAGCUGUCGGACCUGGACCUGACCAUCAGGCCGUUCAACGCCUGGCUCUACCUACAGGAUGUCAACAAGGCUGUUGAUGCAGUCGGGGAGAUCCUGCUGUCUCUCAGCUAUCUGCCAACAGCGGAGCGCCUCACUGUGGUUGUGGCCAAGUGCAAGAACCUGGUGUGGACCAACGAGAAGAACACAGCAGAUCCUUUCGUCAAAGUCUAUCUCCUCCAAGACGGCAGGAAGAUCAGCAAGAAGAAGACGUCGACCAAAAGGGACGACACAAACCCCAUCUUCAACGAAGCCAUGAUCUUCUCCGUCCCGUCUAUCGUCCUGCAGGAGCUGUCCCUGAGGGUGACGGUGGCAGAGGCCACCGACGACGGCCGGGGUGAGAACCUGGGUCACGUGAUCAUCGGCCCCGAGGCCAGCGGGAUGGGGAUCACCCACUGGAACCAGAUGCUGGCCACCCUGAGAAAGCCCGUGUCCAUGUGGCACCCUCUGCGCAGGAUAUAGUCACCUCGCUGCACCGUCAGACGACUCCGUCUUCAGUAACAUGGUCUCCGAGUAAAGAUGUGUCGCCGUGUUUGGUUAGAUAUUUGGUGGUAGUUUCUAUUCUGUGCGGUGAGAGCGAACGGUUAAAGCCUCAUCUCGCUUCAGGUACAGGUUUCAGGUGAUGCUUGGAGGUGAUUGGUGAGUCAUAAGUGGUGUGAUUCUUUCAUCCUCACUCCAAUAGAAACUCAAAGAGUGGGGAAAAAAGCAAUAUAUGACCAUUUUCCCCCUCACUAAUUUAAAUAAAUCACAAUGACUUUUGGGCGAAUCAUAACAAAUAUGAGUGACCCCGUCUCUGCAUGGUGCCCAUUCCGAUUUUAGCCUCCCAUAGAUGUAAAGGAGUGAGAACGCUGAUGUUAAUACUCGGUAGCAGAGUUCUUAGAUUUGUUCACGUUCUUUAUUCACAGUCACACUGACAAACAGAAACGACUUGUUGGUUUGUUCAAUAUUUGUUGUGCUUUUCAAAAAACAUCCAGGUACUCUUAUCCAGGUGGGAAAAAAUGUAAUUUGUAGCAGUUUCUAUCAAUUUUUUUCAUUAAAACAAAAAUAAGUUGCAGCCGUUAAUACUGUAAAUAGUGCUUUUCAACAAUAUUCCAUAUUUUCUUCAAAGUAAAGGUUGAAAAUUGUCUUUUUCAGUGUAUUACUAACAAUAAACACCACAAUCAACUCAAUUAUAUACAUAUAUAAAAAAAUAUUUGUGAUGAUUGAAUAUUCACUUAUUUUUGGAAAUAUUCUGAUAAUGUUAGCUGUGAUCUUAAAGGGUAACCAAAGAGGGAAGUUGGAUGCUGACUCCGCCCACAGAAGAAAUGUGAAAAUCCAGUCAAAGAGGUGGGAAUGGAGAGCUGGACUGUUAUCAUUACAGGAGCUGCAGAUCAUGAUGUGGGGCUUCAGAAAUGUCAUGGGACUUACAUGGUUUGACCAAUCACGAAAUUCAAAUGUGAUACCUCGAUUCAACCCGUAGGGGGCAGCACACAGGCGGUUUUUGACUACAUUUUCAAGAAUUAAACAAGUUUAUUUUAAACUUUCAAAAAUUUGACGAUGACCAACAGACAGCACUUUUAAAGCCCCAUUUAUAGAGGUCAACAGCCAAAAAAAAGUUGCUUUAAGGUUUGGUUACCCUUUAAAUUCUUUUGAUUUCAUAGUGGAUUAUUUGAUGAUGAUUUUGCCAUUUUUUUUUUCAAGCAGGGGACUAUUGGCUCACCCAUCAUAUUUCUAGGUCACAAAUAUAACAUUUUUCAAACUCAUUUUUUUCGAUUUAUUCAGCAAUUUGAAUAAAGAAAUACUCAGAAAAGUAAUUUGGGCUUAAUUUUCUACACACACGUCCUCCAUUAUGAAAAUUGCUACAAGAACAUGUUAAAAACACCAUUUUCAUUUGAGAGGGUCUUGAAAUGCUUUACAUACAUAUGUUGUUUUCAUUCCCAGAAACAUUUACCUACUGUUAAUCUGUAGUUUCUUUACUAUAUUUAUAUUCUUUGCACAUACAUAAACAAUAACAGUUUGCUGUGUCCAUUUUUUUGAGAGGAGGGGGAAUAAAGAGACAGUCAAGCAGUUCACAAAGCUGUGUUCAACGAAAGUGUUUUAGUCAUACUUUAUGAAAGUGACCUAUCAGGCAAAAAACCCAUAACUAUCAAUCACACAAAGUUUCAUAAUGUGCCAAAUGAUUAAGCAAUAUUCUCAUUUACAAUUAAUGUUUCCAACACAAGCUGUAGCCCACAUGAACUCAUGCAUGAAGUUAGUUAGACUUUGACGUGAAUGUGCCUCAUGAAUACAGUGUAAAUGUGUGAAUGCCGUUUCAAAUAAAAGCAGUUCAAUGACAA